AUACUUCACUUAUAUAGUACAAAUACUGCAUUCACACCAGUAUACUUCACUUAUAUAGUACAAAUACUGCAUUCUUUAUGCUAUGGUAUUAUAUGAGGUACCGGUACAUACAUGUGGGCGGACACGUACGGUACUCUCGCCGAAGAUCGCCACUGCCGAUACCAGGCCGGGGUCGACUCUGUAUCGGCAGGGUGCACCUAAUGAUUGUUUGUCCUCAGUGGUGACAGAACGUUCCCCGGGUCACGUGACGUCUUGUCCUCAGUGGUGACAGAACGUUCCCCGGGUCACGUGACGUCUUGUCCUCAGUGGUGACAGAACGUUCCCCGGGUCACGUGACACGGCCCCGGUACGUCUUGCUUGGUGUCACACGGAAGGUGUGCGCGUGCGCAUGCGCGCGGGCGGGCGCACCCACGCAGAUGUGCGAGUCGGCGGCGGCGCCAUUUCCACGGCGGCCAGCAGACAAGCAUGUUGUCGCGGAGACGGCUGCACCUCACUGUCAUGUCGGCGAGAAGCCGCGACAUGUUCUCUUCUUCUUCUUCUUCUUCUUCCAGCUGCGGCAGCAGGCAGGAGGAGGGCGGGGCAGUGAAGGUGGGCGCCCCUAAGAGCAUGGAGGAGCUGAGAGGACCCAGCUUCUUCACCACACUCUACUGGCUCUUUGGCAAGAGAUACUUCAACACCACGCAGCAGAUGCAAAUCGAGCACAAGAAGAUCUACGGGCCCCUGUGGAAGUCCACCUACGGCCCCCUAGUGGUGGUGAACGUGGCCAGCGCCCAGCUGAUCGAGGAGAUGCUGAGGCAAGAAGGAGCACUUCCUGUCCGCACCGACAUGCCGCACUGGAGGGCCUACAGGGAGCUGCGGCAUCAAGCCCACGGACCUCUCUCAGAGAUGGGCAAGAAGUGGCAUCGUAUUCGCAGUAUUCUGAACCCGCGCCUGCUGAAGCCGCACCACGUGGGGUCUUACUCGGGCAGGAUCAACCAGGUGGUCCAGGACUUGGUGGUCCGCCUGCGCUGGCUGAGGACCUCCAGUGGUGACGGGGUGAUGGUUCACCAGGUCACCCAGGAACUCUACAAGUUUGCCUUUGAAGGCAUCUGCUCGGUGGUGUUUGAGAGCAGGAUGGGGUGUUUGGAGCAGAAAGUUCCAGAAGAGACUCAGAAGUUCAUCUGGUCUGUAGGAGAAAUGUUCCGUUUGUCUCCCAUCAUAGUCCUCUUCCCCAGAUCUCUGUGGCCUUACCUGUCCUUCUGGAACACCUUUGUCUCCGUCUGGGAUCACCUCUUUCGAGUCUCUGAGGAGCUGGUGCAGAAGAAGAUGGAGGAGCUGGAGGAGCAGCACCAGGAGGAUGUGGAGCUGCAAGGUGCGUACCUGACUCACCUGCUCCUCAGCCAGCAGAUGAGCAUGUCCGAGAUCCUGGGCAGCGUGACGGAGCUCCUCCUGGCGGGCGUGGACACGACCUCCAACACCGUCUCCUGGGCUUUGUACCACCUGGCCAGGGAGCCCGCCAUCCAGGAGAGGUUGCACCAGGAAGUGCUGCGCAUUUGCCCCGCCCACAGGAUGCCCGACAGUGACGACGUGGCCAAGAUGCCCUACCUGAAGGCGGUGGUGAGGGAGACCCUGAGGUUGUAUCCGGUGGUGCCAGGGAAUGCUCGCCUGGCGGUGGACGGCGACAUCGUGGUGGGAGGCCAUCUUUUUCCUAAAGGGACUCUCUUCCACCUGUGUCACUACGCCGUGUCGAUGGACGAGAGCGUGUUCCCCAACCCGCACGCCUUCCUGCCCGAGCGAUGGCUACGGGGCGGCGAGGAGACGGUCAAGCCACACCCCUUUGGAUCGGUGCCGUUCGGCUUCGGGGUGCGGGCGUGCCUGGGCCGGCGUGUGGCGGAGCUGGAGAUGUACCUGCUGCUGGUCACGCUCAUCAAAGAGUUUGAGCUGAGGCCCGACCCCGCUGGGACCGUGGUCACGCCCAUCACCAGAACCCUCCUGUGCCCGGCCGCCCCCAUCAACCUCCUCUUUGUGGACCGCUGAGGUGAGGAGGCGGAGUCUCCAUGCCACACCUGCACUUACUCUUGCCACGUUUGACACAAACUCACAUUUUCUUGUUCAUAUUAGAUAUUUCAUAUGUCCAUCCAUCCAUUUUAUCCGCUUAUCCGAGGUCGGGUCGCGGGGGCAGCAGCCUAAGCAAAGAAACCCAGACUUCCCUCUCCCCAGCCACUUGGUCCAGCUCCUCUCAGGGGAUCCCGAGGCGUUCCCAGGCCAGCCAGGAGACAUAGUCUUCCCAACGUGUCCUGGGUCUUCCCCGUGGCCUCCUACCAGUUGGACGUGCCCUAAACACCUCCCUAGGGAGGCGUUCGGGUGGCAUCCUGACCAGAUGCCCGAACCACCUCAUCUGGCUCCUCUCCAUGUGGAGGAGCAGCGGCUUUACUUUGAGUUCCUCCCGGAUGGCAGAGCUUCUCACCCUAUCUCUAAGGGAGAGACCCAAACUCAUUUGGGCCGCUUGUACCCGUGAUCUUGUCCUUUCGGUCAUGACCCAAAGCUCAUGACCAUAGGUGAGGAUGGGAACGUAGAUCGACUGGUAAGUUGAGAGCUUUGCCUUCCGGCUCACGAUGGAUCGAUACAACGUCCGCAUUACUGAAGACGCCGCACCGAUCCGCCUGUCGAUCUCACCAUCCACUCUUCCCUCACUGGUGAACAAGACUCCUAGGUACUUGAACUCCUCCACUUGGGGAAAGAUCUCCUUCCCAACCCGGAGAUGGCACUCCACCUUUUUCUGGGUGAGAACCAUGGAGUCGGACUUGGAGGUGCUGAUUCUCAUCCCAGUCGCUUCAAUCCAAUUUGCCACCAAGGAGUUUUUCACCUCAGCCCCGGAAAUAGGAGAACCCAGCACAGAUUCCCAGAGACUGCUUCCUCAUUGGAUGUUGUGCUGGUGGGAUUGAGGUCUUUGAAGUAUUCCCUCCAUUGUAGUGGAGGUCAGCAGAACACCAGGGUAACACCGUAGUGGAUGGUGGUCCAGAAUUGCUUUGAAGCCAUCAUGACGUUUUGCAUGGCUUCUCGAAACUCCUCCCGUGUCUGAGUUCUUACCUCUGCGACCGCUUGGCCUGUCGGUGCCUGUCCGCUGCCUCUGGAGUCCUAUGAGCCAAACGAACCUGAUAGGAAUCUUUCUUCAGGUGGACUGCAUCUUUCACGGUUCUGGGAUUACCGCCACGACAGGCACCAACCACCUUGCGGCCACAGCUCCGAUAGACCGCCUCGACAAUGGAGGUGCGGAACAUGGUCCACUCGGACUCAAUGUCCAGCACCUCCCUUGUGACAUGUUCAAAGUUCUUCCGGAGGUGGGAAUUGAAACUCUCUCUGACAGGAGACUCUGCCAGACCUUCCCAGCAGAACCUCACAAUGCGUUUGGGCCUGCCAGGUCUGUCCGGCAUCCUCCCCCACCAUCGCAGCCAACUCACUGUAGAAAGCUCCGCCCCUCGCUUCACCCGAGUGUCCAAAACAUGAGGCUGCAAAUCUGAUGACACAACUCCAAAGUGGAUCAUGGAACUGCGGCCGAGGGUGUCCUGGUGCCAAGUGCACAUAUGGACACCCUUAUGUUUGAACAUGGUGUUUGUUAUGGACUCGGGUUCAGAUACAAUCACACCUCUCCAGGUUUCACUGUUGUUGCCAACAUGAGCGUUGAAGUCCCCCAGUAGGACAAGGGAAUCAUUGAGGGAGCACUCUCCAGUACUCCCUCCAGUGUACCCAAAAAGGGUGGGUACUCUGAGAUGCUGUUUGGUGCGUAAACACCAACAACAACAGUCAGGAGUCGUCCCCCCACCCGAAGGCGGAGGGAAGCUAGCCUCUCGUCCACUGGGUUGAACUCCAACGUGCAGGCUUUGAGGCGGGGGGGGCAACAAGAAUUGCCACCCCAGCCCGUCGCCUCCUGGACUCUCUUCCACUCUGGCGUUGCCGGCAACGCCAGAGUGGAAGAGAGUCCAGUCCCUCUGGAGACAAGUGGUUCCAGAGCCCUUGCUGGGCGUCGAGGUGAGUCCGACUAUAUCCAGCUGGAACUUCUCCACCUGGCGCACUAGCUCAGGCUCCUCCCCCCCCAUUGAGGUGACGUUCCACGUCCCAAGAGCUAGCUCAUGUAGCCCAAGAUUGGACCGCCAAGUGCCCUUCCCCCCACCUCACACUGCACCCGACCUCUAUGCCCCUCCCAUGAGGGGUGGGCCCAUUGGAAGGGGGACUCAGGUUGCCUCUUCAGGCUGUGCCUGGCCGGGCCCCAUGGGGUCUUGCCAUCCAGCCCCUCCCCCUGGCCGGGCCCCAUGGGGUCUCGCCAUCCAGCCCCUCCCCCUGGCCGGGCUUCAGAGGGGGAAGUCUGACUCCUUUCAGAUUUCAUAUUUCAAUAUUAGAUUAUUGAUUAUUGAUAUUACAUCGUUGAUUAUUGAUAUUAGAUGUUUGAUUAUUGAGUUGCAAAUGAAUGUGUAAAAUGGUUCCACAUGAAAUGAAUGAUGAAAUUAAUAUUGAUGAAUAACACACAUGUUAGAAGACUUGAUGUAAUUAUUGUGAUAUUUUAUGACAUAUAUGAAGUUGUUUGAAUAUUCGUACUUUUGAAAAAUGAGACUGCUCUAAAUGUUAUUUUUAUGAAUAAAAGAGCUGCUGGAAUGUU